GAGAGCGAGCCUUGUUUCACUCCUCCUCAGGGAUUUGCUUCCCCCCAGGGGGGCUAAAGGAACGGACCUGCUGCCCACACUGGCUGAAUGAGACACAGGAAGAGAGCAGUGAAUGAAUGGGCAGAGUGAACGGGUGAGGAGCAAGAAGUGGGACUCGUUUGACAGGUUUUGUGUCCGCUGGCAUUGAGCAUGCCUCACUGGCAGGUUCUGGCUGUCAGUGCUACCUGUGUACUGAUCUGCUCCCAAACGGACUGGAAGAAGCCUCUUCUUCAUGCAGCAACUUUAGACCACAGACAGUCCCAGAGACAGUCCCAGAGACAGUCCCAGAGACAGUCCCAGAGACAGUCCCUGCCUCAGCCUGCGCCGCUCACUCAGACAUGGGGCCGGUCUGCUGCAAGCCGGACAGACUGAAGAAACACCAUCUCCAAGGUGGCUCAGGAGAGAAGGACCGCGCGCCGAUCAGCCAUGAAUCUUUCCUGCUCAUGGCAAACUCCCAGACAGACAUGGACGACUGGGUCAAGGCCAUACGACGGGUCAUCUGGGCGCCGUUUGGAGGAGGGAUAUUCGGCCAGCGGCUGGAGGACACGGUGCAGUAUGAGAAGAAGUUUGGCCCCCGGCUGGCCCCCCUGCUGGUAGAGCAGUGCGUGGACUUCAUCAGGGACAGGGGUCUGGAUGAGGAGGGUCUGUUCCGGAUGCCGGGUCAGGCCAACCUGGUCAAAGAGCUGCAGGAGGCGUUCGACUGCGGAGACAAGCCUCUGUUUGACAGUAACACAGACGUCCACACGGUGGCAUCCUUGCUGAAGUUGUACCUGCGAGAGCUGCCUGAACCAGUCAUUCCCUUCUCCAAAUAUGAAGACUUUCUGACCUGUGCACAGCUGUUGGCCAAAGACGAGGAGGAGGGGGUCCAGGAGCUUGGGAAUCAAGUUAACACUCUACCUCUACCAAACUACAAUCUCCUCAAGUACAUAUGCAAAUUCCUCGAUGAGGUCCAGUCUCACUGUAUUGAGAACAAGAUGAGCGUCCAGAACCUUGCUACAGUAUUUGGACCAAAUAUUCUUCGACCCAAAAUGGAGGACCCGGUCACUAUCAUGGAAGGUACCUCUCUGGUCCAGCACCUGAUGACAAUCCUCAUUAGGGAACACAACCGUUUGUACUCAGGGAGGGACCAGGAAGGACCCACCAUACCGCAGACAGAACUUCCCGCCCAGGGGCAUCAGCUGCAACACCGUAGCCUCGGGGCCUGGAUCUCUGAGGAAGACCUUCAGAACUGCCCGGUCUCCAACCCUGACCAAGAGCUGCACAGCAGUGCUUCAUCUCUGGAUGCCAAACUGUGCGCAGCGGUCACACCCACCCAGACUCCAAGCCCAAACCCUGGUUCAAAACUGGGGUCCUCAUCAGGGAAAGGCGAGACUGUGGUGAGCCCGAGUAAACAAGCCAAGGCCUUGCCGUCCUGGAAGUACACCUUCAAAAGCUCCUCAGCACCGCGCUCUCAGCCUCAGGCUAAGCAAAGCAGCAGCGGUGGAUCUGUGGCAGAUACAACAAGCGUAUCUUCUGGUGGUGGAGGAGGUGGGAGUGGUGGUGGUGGCGGUAACUGGCUCAUGAAUGGCUUGUCCUCCUUGAGAGGACACCGACGCACGUCUUCAGGUGAGCGGUCCACUCGUGACCGUGAAUCCAGCGGCUCCUCACAGAGACUGUCCACCUAUGACAACGUCACCUCGUCCUCCAGCAUGGGGAGCGUACCCAGCGUCUCCAGCACGCCGUGGUCCACCUCCUCCUGCGAGAUCUCUGUUCCAGAGUCGGGAAGUGAACCGUCAGCAAACUGUGGAGUAGGGGAUGGGAGUGGGGAAAAGGGGGAAUGGAUAGUGGAGACCCAGAGGGACAGUGACAGAGGAAGGGAUGGAGGGAUGAUGACAGACCCGAGCUCGGAGCAGGACAGUUGCGAGGCCAUGGAGCUCUGCAGCAGCAGCGCCGCCUGCAGUGAGAACGGAAACAUGGCAACGGCAGCUGGGGUUCCGUCCAUUAUCAUGACUGAGGAUGGAGACGGCGUAAAUGUAACAAUAAACAGUCUGGUGGAAGGACUGAAGGACGAGUUGACCAAGCAGCAGACCGUCUACGAGGCCAGGAUUCAAAAGCUGGAAGAGUCCAGCGCCGCUCUGUGUGCACAGAUGGAGCGUUUGGAACAGGAGAUGGAGCAGGAACGGAAGAAGCAGCGCAUGCUGGAGAUCAAGCUACGGAACUCGGAGCGAGCGAGGGAGGACGCGGAGAACCGCAACCGUCUCCUGGAGAAGGAAAUGGAGGAUUUCUUCUCCACGCUGGGGGACCUGGCCCUGGGUGCGAGGACUAGCGACAUUUGAUACAUGGAGGUCACUCGUCAGUCUGUGGCCAAAGCUGAAGCUGUCAUCAGGGUUUAUAUUUUGGGGGCCGAGGUCUUUCAGCGUUCUCACUCAGUACAUCGGGGCGUUGCGUCGAGAGAAGAACAAAACGUAUGCUGAAGGUCGACGCCA